UUGGUGGACCUAGCUGGAAAUGUGAUGGAAAUAGCUAGUAAAAGAAAGAAGUUUGCAUUUUCUGUUUUCUUAAAAACUGAAAAAUUACAUAACUUGUGGCAAUUUGUCCAUUUUCAUACUGAGAGAUAUUUCUAUUUUUUGGAUAUAUGGCUUAUGCUGCUGUUACUUCCCUUAUGAGAACCAUACAUCAAUCAAUGGAACUUACUGGAUGUGAUUUGCAACCGUUUUAUGAAAAGCUCGAAUCUUUGAGAGCUAUUCUGGAGAAAUCCUUCAAUAUAAGGGGCGAUCAUGAGGGGUUAACAAUCUUGGAAGUUGAAAUCGUAGAGGUAGCAUACACAACAGAAGAUAUGGUUGACUCGGAAUCAAGAAAUGUAUUUUUAGCACAUAAUUUGGAGGAAAGAAGCAGGGCUAUGUGGGAGAUUUUUUUCGUCUUGGAACAAGCACUAGAAUGCAUUGAUUCCACCGUGAAACAGUGGAUGGCAGCAUCGGACAGCAUGAAAGAUCUAAAACCACAAACUAGCUCACUUGUCAGUUUACCUGAACAUGAUGUUGAGCAGCCCGAGAAAAUAAUGGUUGGCCGUGAAAAUGAAUUUGAGAUGAUGCUGGAUCAACUUGUUAGAGGAGGAAGGGAACUAGAAGUUGUCUCAAUCGUAGGGAUGGGAGGUAUUGGGAAAACAACUUUGGCUACAAAACUCUAUAGUGAUCCUUACAUUAUGUCUCGAUUUGAUAUUCGUGCAAAAGCAACUGUUUCACAAGAGUAUUGUGUGAGAAAUGUACUCCUAGGCCUUCUUUCUUCGAUAAGUGAUGAACCUGAUGAUCAGCUAGCGGACCGACUGCAAAAGCAUCUGAAAGGCAGGAGAUACUUGGUAGUCAUUGAUGACAUAUGGACUACAGAAGCUUGGGAUGAUAUAAAACUAUGUUUCCCAGACUGUAUUAAUGGAAGCAGAAUACUCCUGACUACUCGGAAUGUGGAAGUGGCUGAAUAUGCUAGUUCAGGUAAGCCUCCUCAUCACAUGCGCCUCAUGAAUUUUGACGAAAGUUGGAAUUUACUACACAAAAAGAUCUUUGAAAAAGAAGGUUCUUAUUCUCCUGAAUUUGAAAAUAUUGGGAAACAAAUUGCAUUAAAAUGUGGAGGGUUACCUCUAGCAAUUACUGUGAUUGCUGGACUUCUCUCCAAAAUCAGUAAAACAUUGGAUGAGUGGCAAAAUGUUGCGGAGAAUGUAAGUUCGGUGGUAAGCACAGAUCUUGAAGCAAAAUGCAUGAGAGUGUUGGCUUUGAGUUACCAUCACUUGCCUUCUCACCUAAAACCGUGUUUUCUGUAUUUUGCAAUUUUCGCAGAGGAUGAACGGAUUGAUGUAAAUAAACUUGUUGAGUUAUGGGCCGUAGAGGGGUUUUUGAAUAAAGAAGAGGGAAAAAGCAUAGAAGAGGUAGCAGAAACAUGUAUAAACGAACUUGUAGAUAGAAGUCUAAUUUCUAUCCACAAUUUGAGUUUUGAUGGGCAAACACAGAGAUGUGGAAUGCAUGAUGUGACCCGUGAACUCUGUUUGAGGGAAGCUCGAAACAUGAAUUUUGUGAAUGUUAUCAGAGGAAAGAGUGAUCAAAAUUCAUGUGCACAAUCCAUGCAGUGUUCCUUCAAGAGUCGAAGUCGGAUCAGUAUCUAUAAGGAGGAAGAAUUGGCUUGGUGUCGUAACAGUGAGGCUCAUUCUAUUAUCAUGUUGCGUAGAUUCAAAUUGGUCACACUGGAAUUGUCUUUCAAGCUAGUAAGAGUACUAGAUCUUCAUUUCACUACAUGCCCAAGUUUUCCCAGUGGAGUACUUUCUCUAAUUCAUUUGAGAUACCUAUCUUUGCGUUUUAAUCCUUGCUUAAAGAAGUAUCGAGGAUCGAAAGAAGCUGUUCCCUCAUCAAUAAUAGACAUUCCUCUAUCGAUAUCAAGCCUAUGCUAUCUGCAAACUUUUAAACUUUACCUUCCAUUUACCAAUUAUUAUCCUUUCAUAUUACCAUUGGAAAUUUUGACGAUGCCACAAUUGAGGAAGCUGUGUAUGAACUGGAAUUACUUGCGGAGUCAUGAGCCUACAGAGAACAGAUUGAUUUUGAAAAGUUUGCAAUGCCUCAAUCAAUUGAAUCCUCGGUAUUGUACAGGGUCAUUUUUUAGACUAUUUCCCAAUUUAAAGAAGUUGCAAGUAUUUGGCGUCCCAGAGGACUUUCGCAAUCACAAGGACCUGUAUGAUUUUCGCUACUUAUAUCAGCUUGAGAAAUUGGCAUUUAGUAGUUAUUGUUCACCUGUUGCUUGCUUUCUAAAAAACACUGCACCUUCAGGUUCUACUCCGCAAGAUCCUCUGAGGUUUCAGACGGAAAGGGCAACUGCACCUCCAACUGAUGUUCCAACUUUACUCUUACCUCCUCCGGAUGCUUUUCCACAAAACCUUAAGAGUUUAACUUUUAGGGGGGAAAUUUUUUUGGCAUGGAAGGAUUUGAGCAUUGUUGGUAAAUUACCCAAACUCGAGGUCCUUAAACUAUCAGACAAUGCCGUCAUAGGCGAGGAGUGGGAAGUAGUUGAGGAAGGGUUUCCUCACUUGAAGUUCUUGUUUCUGGAUAACGUAUACAUUCGGUACUGGAGAGCUAGUAGUGAUCACUUUCCGUACCUUGAACGACUUUUUCUUAGAAAAUGCUAUUCUUUGGAUUCAAUCCCUCCAGAUUUUGCAGAUAUAACCACACUAGCUCUUAUUGAUAUAAGUAGCUGUCGACAAUCUGUUGUGAAUUCCGCCAAGCAAAUUCAACAGGACAUUCAAGACAACUAUGGAAGCUCUAUCGAGGUCCAUACUCGUCAUCUUUUAAAGCAUUUUCGAUAUAACAACAGAUGAAGAUGACUUUGAGAAAGAAGUUGCUUCUUGCCGCAAUAAUGCCGAGUAGUUAAGGUGUUCUGAGGACUAGCCAGUUCUCUGAAAUAAAUGUCAAAUCAGAAGCCAAAUGUGUGAGUGUUUGUUUUGUUCGUUUUCAUUUUUUCUGCAUAAGGUGGCAGGGUGAUUGCAAAUGGCUUGUAAUUUAAUUGUAUAUGAUCUUUCGUAUAGCCAUUUGUCAGUGGUUCUUAAGAUACUCCAAAUUUUAUGCACAUACAUACAUACUGUACAGGCCAGAACAGACUCCAGUAACGUGUGUUUCCUUUCUUGGGAGUCCUCAAUCUACCUCGCAAAGGAAGAAUCCAGUGGCACCAGCUUUAUUACUAAAACAUUCACACUGGAACAGUUAAGAAAAACUAGUCCAUUUUCAUACUGAGAGUGAGAAAUAGUCCUAUUUUUUUUGGAUAUAUGGCUUAUGCUGCUGUUACUUCCCUUAUGAGAACCAUACACCAAUCAAUGGAACUUAUUCGAUGUGAUUUGCAACCGUUUUAUGAAAUAUGUUUUUUGACUUACAAACAUUGAAUUAAAAUCUUUUGAACUUUUAUAAAUUAAGGUUUCUUUCUUUUAAAGAAAUCGAUACUGUAAUCCUCUAUAUCAACGAGUUUACUCAUGUGAAGGUCAAGUGAUAAAACCAGGAGCCAGAGCCAGUCUAGACCUAGGGGGUUCGGAGCUUUUGUAAUUGGAUCAUUGUGAUUACGGGUUGAAUGUCUAAUUUUCUAGGCGAUAAUGAUAGUAUUUUGUAUCUGAAUAAUAGCUCACUUUUUCUAAGUAAUGGAAAAGAAGGUCAAAAUGUGCCACUAAAAGACUUGACUAAGACAAAAAUGGGUUGUCAAGAACGUAGAGGAGGGUAGGAUGGACAAUUGGUCAGAUCUAGUAUGGAUAAUACAUGGCGGUAGUUGGAGUGGCGGCCCUCCCAAAAUUCUCUCAUCUUAGAUCUUUGGAUUCGGUCUUAUA